CUGGUCAUAAAGAGGGUAAAACCUUCUGGAGGUCAAGUGGUUAAGUCCCUGGAGGUGGCAUUUGUUACUAUGUGGACUCGUCACAUAAACGCAAACCAAUCAGAAUGGAUACAAACUUGCAACAAGCAAUUUUAAAUUUGGAAUCAAUGAACAACCUGCAAUCACUGAGGCUAUCUAUAUUACAUAUAUAUAUGCAGGGGCGGACUGACCAUUUGGAAACUCGGGCACUGCCCGAGGGCCCGGGGUCAGUAGGGGGCCCCAUGAGAUGCCCCUGGUACCUUUUUCAUAGGCUUUUUUGAGUUUGGGCAAGGACACAGGGGCCCCAUGAUCCCCUAUUGCCCGGGGGCCCCAU